UUUACGUUUGUAAUCUACACAUACUCCAAAUGAAUAGAAUAGAAAAAGAUUUAUAUCAUCAAAUUGUAAAAAUAUCUAUAAUCGACACUCACAUAUAUAAGGAAGAGUAUAUUUUACAUCACGGGAGUUUACAACUUUAUAUUUGAUCAUGUUGGUGUUUGUAAUAUUCAUUUUAAGCAUUUCUUCUGCGUUUGCAGAUGAUCCCAUCGUCAAUUUACCAAGUGGACAAAUACGUGGUGCUGUAAAAACUACUUUAAGAGAAGGGAAAACCUUUUAUGCCUUUCUUGGCGUUCCAUUCGCUGCUCCUCCAGUAGGAAAUUUAAGAUUCCAACCACCACAACCAGUUCAAAGUUGGGACGGCGUCUUAGAAGCAAAAACGAAUACGAAAAUAUGUUACCAAGUAGGUAGAGAUUUUACCUUGGAAACAGAAGAUUGUCUAUAUUUAAACGUUUACUCGCCUGUUGAACCUGGCAGCAAUGCUAACUUACCCGUAAUGUACAGUAUUUAUGGAGGGGCCUACAUCCACGGUUACGCUGGAUUCGGUUACAACGGACCAACAUAUUUCUUGGAACAAGAUGUGAUUGUCGUUACUGCUAACUAUCGUGUAGGUCCUUUUGGUUUCUUAUCCACUGGCGAUUCUGUGAUCGCUGGUAAUAUGGGUCUCAAAGACCAACAGUUCGCUUUAAAAUGGAUUCAGGAGAAUAUUCAUCUAUUCGGGGGAGAUCCUCAAAAAGUUACCGUUCAAGGACAAAGUGCCGGAGCGGCUUCAGUCACGUAUCAAGUGUUAAGUCCGGGAUCUGCAGGCCUAUUUAGAGCCGCUAUAGGAGAAAGUGGUUCAGCUCUAUGUUCUUGGGCCAACCAACGACAUGCAGUGGACAUAGCUUAUGGUGUAGCAGCUGAGAUAGACGCCACUUUUGACAGAAGUCGUACUUCUAGUGAUCUUUUACAGUUUUUGCAGAGCGUGGAUGCCAAAGCUAUAGAUAACACUGCUGACAAAUAUCACUCGUAUGCACCAGUUGUAGAAGUAGAACAUGAAGGAGCUUUUAUAACCGAAUCCAUGUACGAAUCUGUCGCAAACGGAAAGAUUAACUACGUCCCUCUCCUAAUAGGCAUUAAUUCAGAAGAACAAAUAGCAAAAGCCGCUGACUUAGAAGGGCUGCAGAAAACCGUCAGAAAUUACGAGAAAUACGUUUAUCUGUUAGCUGAUGAAGAUAUGAGAAUUGAAGAUACAAAUGUACGUACACAGGCUGCCGAAGAGAUAAGAAAAAUAUACACUGAAGGAUUAUUGCAAGAUAAUUUAACAGCAGCAAUUCAGUAUUUCAGUGAUAACAGUUAUGUAAGAGCAGUCGUCAAAUACGCAGAGUUGCAGUCGAAAUACACCGAUGUCUACUUUUACCAGUUCUCUUACCAUGGCCUACUAGGAGGCAACAACGCAUCGAUGGAAGGUAUUGGUAGAGUAGCACACGCUGAGGACACUAAAUACCUUUGGGCAUCUGACAAAGGCGAUUUGAAUUCAUAUCCACAAUCGGACAUCACGACUCUGGACCGAUACGUUGGUUUUUUCGCAAAUUUCGUUAAAACCUUGAAUCCGACUCCGGAAGCGUCGGAAUUGAAUCAGUAUCUAAUUUGGCCUAAAGUAACACAGGACACGUAUAAUUACAUAGACAUUGAUGAGAAUCUGGAAAUAAAAGUAAAUCCUAGGGAAUUUUCGUACAGCAAAUGGGUUGAAAUUUACGAGACAUAUGGAGUAAAACCAUUUGUUUCCUAUUAAUUUUUCCAGUAAAAUUCAAAGACAAAACUAAAUCAUUUUUAUACAAUUUUGCUAACAACAAUAUUACACUUGUUAAAAUAAAUUUUUAUGUUUUGAAU